CUUUUUUCCACCUCCGUAAAAGCUCAGACCAGAGAGAGAGAGUAUCAAAAAUGGAAAAAAGUUUGGUGCAACCGUUUGUCGCUGUGUUGAUUUCAUCUGCUAUAGCCAUCAGAGGUUACAGAAGAAAAUCUCUUAAUCUCUCGGGGGCAUUUCUAGGGUUCAUAGUCAUGACCAUUCACAUCGCCGUCAAUUACAGGUUUGGAGCGAUGUUGCUUGCUUUCUUCUUCACUUCAUCGAAGCUUACCAAGGUCGGAGAAGAGAAAAAGCGAAAAGUUGAUGCUGAUUUCAAAGAGGGAGGUCAGCGCAAUUGGAUACAAGUUAUAUCAAAUAGCGGUAUUGCUACCAUUUUGGUCCUUAUUUUUUGGAAGCUGACAGGAUCACAGGACAAGUGCUUAGACUCCAAAGAAUCAAACCUUAUAACAUCUCUCAUUGCUGGUGUUAUUGGUCAUUAUUGCUGUUGUAACGGAGACACUUGGUCAUCAGAGCUUGGCAUACUAAGUGAUGCGCAGCCUCUAUUAAUCACAACUUUCAAGCCAGUUCGGAGGGGUACAAAUGGUGGUGUAACAAAAGCAGGACUCUUAGCAGCUGCUGCAGCUGGCGGCAUUAUUGGGCUCACAUUUGUUCUGUUAGGAUUUUUCACAACAAAAUGCACGAAAGAUGUAGUGCUAAAGCAGCUAUUGGUAAUACCUAUUUCUGCUCUGGCAGGACUAUGUGGAAGUGUAAUAGAUUCUCUGUUAGGAGCAACACUGCAGUUCAGUGGAUUCUGCACUGUUCGUAAUAAGAUUGUUGGGAAACCAGGACCAACAGUGAAGAAAAUCUCAGGUCUUAGUAUUCUCGAUAACAAUGCUGUAAACCUUGUUUCGGUAUUGCUGACUACAAUGCUGACUUCCAUUUUCUGCUUUUACAUUUUCUGAAUCCCAGCUGCUCAGCUAAAUUGUUGUAAGAGAUUGGACACUUCCAGUUGUUAUUUUUAUAUGAUAUGUUCCAUGUUAUGACUCUACCCUUUUUGAUCAACAUCUGUUACUACAAUAUCAGUGGCACCAAGAAAAGCAUUAUGUUGGUACCGUG